GUUUGAGGGGGACAAUACUAGUCAAAGCAACUGGUGCCUGGAAAUUAUUGGUUGAGAGAAGGAAACCUAAUCUCCCUCAAAUUCAAAAAGGAGAGAGCUUGGAAUUUGGAUGCUUAUAAUCAAUCUUGUUUGGGUUCCAGACAUGUUCUUCCUCAAACAUGCACUCUUUGUUUCGGUUGUAGCCCUCAGUUGCUUGAGCACACAAAGAUUUGCUACUGCUAUGGUGCCUCAAAAUGAAGUGGAUGCUCUCCAGCAAAUUGCCAAGACAAUGGGGGCUACUUACUGGGAGUUUAAUGCCACCUCUUGCAAAUUGGAAACAGUCGGCGUUACGUCGCCGGAGCCUCCAGCCGGUUCUGAGAAGAACAUUACUUGCAAUUGCCAAUUCCAUAACAAUACCUGCCACAUUGUAGCCAUAGAAAUCAAGAGGUUCAGUCUGCCAGGUGUACUUCCACCUGAGCUGGUUCAGCUUCCUUACCUCCAGGACAUUGACUUUGCUUACAACUAUGUAAGUGGGUCAAUUCCUAUCCAAUGGGGUUCAAUGGAAUUGAAUUUUAUCUCUGUUCUUGGAAACCGAUUGUCAGGGGAGAUACCAAAGGACUUGCGUAACUUCAGGAAUCUCACAUACUUGAAUCUUGAAGCAAAUCAAUUUUCCGGAACACUCCCUUCAGAACUUGGGAAGUUAGUUAACUUGGAAACUUUGUGAGUCACCUUGUAAC